AUGUACGCCGGACGGCAGUUGGCAUAUGCUCCGACUCCGUAUAGUUAUACCCCUAACUCAACCCUCUCGGCCACCAUCAACGUUGAUGAAGAGCUCAAACUUGCCAACAACACUGCCGAACGCGACCUUUACGAGUCGCUGGCUGAGAUCUACAGCAUUAUUGUUACUCUAGAGGCACUGGAAAGAGCUUUUCUGAAGGACUCUAUCUCCGAGACAGAUUACACCGACACAUGCAGCCGUUUGCUGAAGCAGUACAAGUCCAACUUGGCUGAUGAUUCGGUUGCCAGAGCCUUUGGAAGCCUCGACUCUUUCAAGCUGGAAUGGAACCUCGAGGUGACUCGUGCUACUGAUCGUCUGAAGAUUGGUCUGCCUGCUACUGUAGAGGCUCCCUCACGUGCCCCUGGUGCUCCUUCAAGUGGUGGAGCCGGUGCCAAUGCCACUCAUAUCGUGUCAGCUUCCGAGAACUUCAUCACUCUGUUUGAUGCCAUCAAGAUGAAUAUGCUCUCCAAAGAUACUCUUCAUCCUAUCCUCGUUGAAGUCAUCCAAGCCGUCAACAAAGUCACCGAUCAGGAUUUCGAGAACAAGGCCAAGAUAGUACAGUGGCUUAUCAAACUCAACAGCAUGCGCGCUGCUCAAGAACUCACAGAUGAAGAAGCUCGCGAUUUCCAGUUCGACAUGAAUCUGGCAUAUGACGGUUUCAAAGCGACCCUCGAGUAA